AAAAAUUUUCGUGAAUUAAAAAAAAUAAAUAAAUUAAAGUAAAACAAAGGAAAUACCAACAACAAAAACCAUAAUAAUACAAAAAAAAAUAACAACAACAAAAAGAAAAACAAACAAAACCAAGUGAAGAACUAUCGGAAUUUCAGGCUGACACCUUCGACAUUAUUAUCGCGACGCCGUCCGUGCGUCCGUUCGUCGUCGUCAUCGUUGUUUUUAAUACCGUUCUAUAAUAUUUGCUUUUUUUGUGUUGCUUUUGUUUUAUUGUUACGUGUUGUUGUUGUUCUUGUAACCCAGCAAUGCAAGCGACCAUUUGCCGAGCAAUGUUGUUGUUGUUAUUCUUGUUGCCGUUGUCAAUAAACAAAAAAUAAAUUUUGUACUCGUGGUUCAAUUUUGGCUCUAUUUUUAUGACAGCUGAUAUUUGUUGUGUUUUCUUCUUCUUCUGCAUUGAUGCGCCAGCCGCUCAGUCAUCGGUGGAUUUAAAUUUAACACCGCAACCACCAUCAUCAUCGUCGGCGUCGCUCUUUUGUUGGGUCACUUCUAUUGCCUUUGUAAUGCUAAGCAAUAGGAAAUUGGUCGACCGAACAACCACCGCCUCAAUUCUAAUCACCAGCACCUCCCAUUGCCAGAGAAGCCCUAGGCCAAACAACAACAAAAUCGUCGUCUAUCGUCGACAACAACAGCAAAGCACAACGUCUUGUAAUUUGACUAGCUUGUCCAAUUGUCCAAAGUUUAUGCCCGAGUGGUGCUCCUCAUUAGCGUCACCAUCAUCAUUUGUGGCCCAGCGACCCAUAAUAGGACCGCGAAAUGAAUGGCGUCAAAAGGGUCCUGAUUUUCUGCACCCUCAUUGUAAUACUGCCGGCCACCCUGAUUGUCAUCCCGCUGUAUCUGCGAAGAACAGUCUUUGCUGAUGUUGUCUAUCCGGUGGCUGAAUCGGAUAUCAUUGAAAUUCGUGAUGGCAUCUCCUCGAUAUUUUGCCAACAGCAUUCGUUGAAAAUGAGCAGCAACUUCAAUGCCUUCCAGUUGAGCAGUAAACCCGAAAUAUCCUCAAAUCACAAGCAUAUUAGGCUUAAGAAGUCCAUGACAUUGCCGGAUGAUACCUUUGAAUAUUGGGGAUUUUAUUUGCUGAAAGGAGCCCGGGUAUUGUUGAAAUUUUGUUCCCGUUAUGAGGGUGCCCGGAUGUUGGUGGUAAAGGGGGCCCGAGAGUUGGAUACCUGUGGCCUGUUGGAUCAUAACAAAAAUAAACUGGGACCAAAUUAUCCCCAAAAUCAUGAGCAGGUCAAGGUGUUCUUUGAAGAUAUCACAGAGAUUCAUGAACCGCUCACAAAUAACAUGAGUGAGACAACGGAGGCAGCAAUUGCUCCCCAGGGCCCAGUACCGGAAAAUCUCAUGGAAAUGGAAAAUGAUGGUGGCGAGGAUUUAUCCGAGGAUUAUGAAUAUGAUUUGGAUGAGGAUGAGUCGACAAGUACAACCACCACCACUACCAGUAGUACAACAACCACCACUACCAAGGCUCCCCACACUCACAAACCCCGGGGGAAGAAACUGAAAAAGGGUACCUAUAAAACUACCGAACACAAUGGCAAUAGUUUGGUAUCCAAAGAGGAGGAGCACAAAACCAUGGAGCCCGAAGAAACCAAUAUUAGAUCAAGACGUUCCCACAGGACUCAUGGGCAUGCAGAGGCAGGACAUUCUCACAGGCAUGAUGAAGAUACGGAGCGAGAAAGACGCAAACGACAAAUCUAUGAUAAACUUUUUAAAAGUCGCAGAAAACGUGAUCACGUUUAUGAUCGUAAAUACACGCAUGGCGGUAAUGCCAUGAACUUUACCGAAACCGAUGAAUCCAAUUCGAUAUCGAGUUUUGAAACUGGCCUCUUGGAAUGUUUCAAAACCAAUAAGCUGUCCUUUGGAAAUUUCCCACCCAUUGCCGAGUGCACAAAUCCCCAUUUCCUGGAGAAUGGUUCACAUCGCAUGUUGUCGAUCCAUGAGAUCGAUGCCGACGGCUAUUACUAUUACAUAUUCUACAGCGAUAACGAUUUAGUUCGUAACGAUAUUCAUGCAAUAUUCGAUAUUUAUAAGCCAACAUUUCAAUAUUCCAACAUUAGUAAUUCUCAGGGUUGUGUCAAUGCCACGAAUUGCACGUUUUCAAUUGGAUUCCUAUCAGAUGAGAUAGUUGUUGUUGAGGUGCCAACACGUGACGGUAUCGAACAUGAAGAGGAUGACAUUACCUAUUUGAUCUCGACAUGUCAUCCGCGUACUGAAAUCUAUGCCAUAUUUCCGAUAUUGGUGCUAAUAUUGAUUUUGAGUUGUUCGUUUUUAUAGAGUAGGUGUGAGAGAGUGCAAAGAAAGAAAAAACAUGAAAGAGUGCAACAGAAAGAGACUGUGAGUGAAAAAGAGAUAUUCCCAGAGAGCAAUUCUGAGGGAAAACUAAAAGAGACUGUAAAAAAGAGAUAUCCCCCCAAUUGGGCAAUUCUGUAAUGUGGGAAAAAUACGUUAGAUGAUAAAAAGUGAAAGUGUGAAAUAGAGAGAGAGAGCGAGAUGUGAGGUCAUGCAAACAUAACAGUUGAUUUCCCUCAGAGUGCCAAUGUUUAUUUUUCUGUGGAAAUUAUCGUACAAAAACAUAGACAAGCAGCUUGGCAGCUUAAAAGGAAUAAGAUAAAAUAAAAAUCAAUUUUCGAAGUGGAUAAUUCAGCUAAAAAAAUUGUAAAUCUGUGAAAUUCGCUAAUAAGCGAAGUUAAGAAGGAAAAUAACAAAACUAGGGUGUAAAGAAAAUAAAUAUUCCAACUAGACUAUUCGAUGAUGAGCAACAAAAAUCCGUUAGCAUAGAAAAAAGUGGCAAAGAGAGAGAAUCUGAGAGAACAGUGACAUUCAAAAGUCCGUUAAUGAGGUCAUACAAACAUAACAGCUGAUUUCCCUCAAAGUGUCAACAUUCACUGCAACUUGAAAUAAUCACAAAAAAUGUAAACGGAAAGAGAAAACAAACACGGAAAUUUUGAUAGUUUGAAAAAAAAAACCGAAAAAAGUGAAGUGAACAUUUCUGUAAUGAGUCAAAAAAAAAAAAACGUUAAUUAAUUUAUAGAACAGUGUGGCUUGUUUGUUCGGGAUACCGUAGUAUUUUGUUGUUGCAAAAUGGUCUGGCUUUAUCCCUUUAUUGUUGUUUUUAUAAAAACAACGUUUGUUUAUUAGUGGAGACAAAACCAACUUACAUGGUUAUGCUACUACGUUCAGGCUGAACGAAAGCAUAACAAGUGGAGAAAGAUGUAAAUGUUUAUAAGUGCGGUUGUAAGAUUUAGAAGACUUUCCAAGAGAAUUUUAGUUUUAUUUAAUUCUUUGGUUCCUCUUCUAUUGAGCUUACGAUCUCGUCACUUGGGUAAAAAAAUGUUUUUUGUCAUAGAAGUUAUUUUUAAAAUAACUUCUGGGGAGAAUAUCCCAGACAAAAACAAGGGAACUGAUGAGGAUUGGUGGCUCUUUCCGAAACCUAGGUAUUCCCUGCCUUACCCCCUGGUAAACAUUACCAUCGUUCUCCACUAAUAAACAAACGUUGUUUUUAUAAAAACAACAAUAAAGGGAUAAAGCCAGACCAUUUUGCAACAACAUUAAUUAAUUUAUGCAAAUUAAUUUAUGCAAAUAAAGUCAAUGUGCUGACAUUGUAAAUACGUAAAUUAAAAUAAAAAAAUUGCAAAUAAAUAAGAAUCGAAAAAAAAUUAAAAUAGUCAAAGAGGGACUUCGAAAAUACAGGAUCUUGAAAACUACACUAUAAAGGUCAGCAAACAUCUGAUUUAGCCUAAAGUGUCAAAAUUUAUUGCAGUUUAAAAUAACCGAAUAAAAACCUAAACAAAAAUGUUGACAGCUUGAAGGAAAUUGCAUGGUAGAAUUAAGAAGGUGGUAAAGUCAUUUGACAACAUCUUGGUGUCAAAGUUUAUAUUCAUAAAUCCACCGUAUAGAGAAUCUUUUUUCAUUUAACGCGAUGUAAUUUUAAAAAGUUUUAUGGUGUGUGCGGAUUAUCAACUUAUAUUUUUUAACAAAGAGACUUCACCUGUGAAUCUUGGCAAAAAUUGCACAGCAUCCAAAUUGGUAUUGAGUGAAAAAUAUCAAAUUAUUACAGAAUUGCCCGACUUAGAAGAAUUGCUCCUGAUGGGACUGAGAAAAAAAAUCAGAAAAAUGGAGAUCUGUGUACUGCAUGGUGCUAAAAAAAGUAAUAGAAUUAUACUGUGAUAAGAAAAGGAUGAGGAAUGGCUUUAAAUUGUCGGUUAUUUGAGAUGUUUUUGGGGAAUGACUUUAAAACUGAACAAAAAAGCCAAAACAUAAUGAACGCGUUAAGAUUUUUACGAGAUGUCAUGAAUCUAGUUUUGAUUUGAAUUUAUUUAAGGCUAUGUCAGUUCCACAACUGCAAGAAUCUAAAUGUGUUUUUACUACGAUAACCGAUUUUCUCUUUAUGAUAUCGAAGAAAUUUGAAAAAACUAGUAGUUUCUGGCAGGUUCUGGAACAGUAGUCUAAAGCAAAUAAUUUGUUUUUCCAAAGCUUCACAUACCUAGAUAAUCAAUGCCCUGAUUGUGUUUUGGCUCAAAUAUAGUGAAAAAUAGCUUUUGUGGAAUUUUGAAAUCAAAUAUCAACUUUUUCAUAUUAAAAAUACUAUUCAUGAGAAUUGGACUGCGCAAAGAAAAAGUAAAUGAAAAUUUUGAAUAAAAAGUCAACUUCAAUAUUUUUCAUAUUUUUGGAGUGGAGUUAUUAAAAUGUUACACUUUAGGCUAGAAAAUCUUAAAAACAAUAAAUUAAGUGCCUUAAGAAUGAAAUUGUUUGCAUAAAUAAAUUCAUUUUAAUAAUUUAGUUGAUAAAUUUAAGGCCUUAAUUAAAACUUACCUAGCCCAUAAAACUAACCAAAAUUAUUCACUUUUCAAGUUGCAUAAGAAAAAACUGAAAACAUAUCUAGAAACACAAUAAAAUAGAUCAUAUCAAACGUAAAUCGAAUUAAAUAUUGCCACCUAUCUUGUAAGGCCCUUAUAAUUCAUAUCUAUAUUCAAGUGUAUUUCUUAUUCUGUUUUUUUUCUUCAUUUUUUAUGAGUUUCAAAAAAUAUGGCAUUUAUUCAUCACAACCCAAAGCAUUGUCACUUCACAUCGAUUACCACUUAAUUACGUAGAGUAGAAUGCUUAUGGGGUAUUAUCUCAAGAUCAAAACGUGUGAAAUUCAUAUACCUGAUAAUAAUAGUUUUUAAGUGAUAGUGAUUCAGCUAUGACAAAAUAUUAGAAAUUAUUGAAAAUAGAAUGUAAUAUGUAUGCAUAUAUGUACUGAAUGAAAUCGUCUAUAAUUAGUUAUAAAUUUUUUAUAAUAAAAAAUUUGUUAAUAUUAUAAAUUUAA